AUGGCCACCGCCAAGAUUGCGUCACUAGUCAUCCGAACACUGGCAAAACCUAUCAGUGCCCAGCUGAAGACGCAAGCCAAACAGCAUGAGAUGUUCCGCCAAAUCUGCGUUGGCUUAGCGCAGCGCAUGUACCAAACGGAAAUUAAGAUGCGCACGAAUCUUCUCGGCGAGCCUGCCAAGCACGUCCGACCGCUCUCUGAAACAAAAGCGAUCGACAAUGGCGCCAACGCGCUCGCUGAAGGCUUUCUGUUUGUUGUCGCUACAGGCCUCAUAUUAGGAGAGACAUGGCGUUCGUCAAACAAGCAAGCGAGACGACGCGACGACGUGGACGACCAACUGGACCAGCUCAAGGAGAGCGUGGAGGGGCUGAACCAGCGCGUCGACACGCUCGCGCGUUUGCAGGAGGAACGCAUGGCCGACGAAGCUGCGAAGCACGAUGAACUUGCACGGAUAUUGACCCGUGUGGUGGAGAUUGGGCUGCGCGGCGGUUGGGCUGAGUUUGAGGGCACCCCUUUACCCCUGCCAAUCGUGGACUUGACCCGAGGUAUACGCCCGCCUUUGUCUCAACCCGAGUCUCCAUCCGCCGACAGUCCGCAAGGCUCGUCUUCGUCCUCAUAG